AUGGCUACAAGAAUCAGUUUUUUACGAAUUAUCAACCGGUUAUUUAACGUUACAGUAUUGUGGACGAUUUAUUGCUUACUUAUAUGUAUUUAUUUCUAUAGAUGCUUGUCCACAGUUGGGCGUGAAGAUUCUAUUGACGGCGUCCAUGUCAUCUACCUUGGUUUGGGAUGCAUCAGUUUUGGGACAGUUAUGCACGAGAUUGGCCACGCUGUUGGGUUUUACCAUGAGCAGCAGAGAUAUGAUCGUGAUAAGUUCGUUAGAAUAUUGUACGGGAAUAUAAUGUUAGACUCUAAAGAUCAAUACACGAAUGAAGAAGAAAUUACCAGCAUGGGCUAUGCGUAUGAUUUUAACUCAAUAAUGCAUUAUCAUGCGCAUGCAUUCUCCAAAUCAGGCAAGCUAGUCACUAAAGUAAGGAAACCGUACAGACCUCUAAAGCCCAAGCUCGGUCAAAGACAAGUCCUGUCGUAUUUAGAUAUUGCUCAAGUUCGAGCUAUGUAUCAAUGCAAUAGACUUCCUAGUCUGGAAAGUGUGAAGACCUGUGUUAGCAAGAAAACGAAAGGGCGUGAUUAUAGAGGAAAAUUAGACUAUACAGAAAAGGGUGUUAUGUGCCAACCUUGGGAUGAACAAUAUCCGCAUCAGCAUAAAUUUGAUGUAAAAAAUAAAGAUGAUGAUUUGAAAUCAAACUAUUGUAGAAAUCCUGGUGGCGUAAAUGAAAGACCAUGGUGUUUUACAACGUAUGGGAAAGAAAUGAAGCAAGACUGGCAGUAUUGCGAUCUAACUUUUUGUGAAGACAAAUAGCUGUGGUUAGGCGAAAAGAGGCGGCGAAAAAAAGAGGCGAAAAAAAAAGAAACUAUUUAUGAAAAUUUAUUGCAAAAAGCUCUUUAAUUUAAUCUAAUUUAUUAUAAUUUAUUAUAAUUUAUUAUUGUUACGCCAGAUAAAUUGUAUAUAAUGCAACUUUCAUAUGUCCGUGUGACUAUUUAAUAAAAGUAACUUAUUUAAAGAAAAUAAUUAAAAAUAUAUUAGAAUAUUCUGUUUCAUUCUUUUGUUGUCUUAAAAAUCCACCUUGCUAUUGUACUAACUCUUUUUAGUGCCGAUGAGCACAGCUGGAAAUACCUCAUUUACAACA